AUGGUGUCCUCCGUAGCGGCGCUGCUGCUGCUCAUCGUCACGCUUGCCUCUGCGCCGUCCGUCCAUGGUGCGAACGGCUGGGCACUCGGCAGCAGCCCGUUCCUCGCCGGCACGGGCUACGAGGUCCUGAACCUGUUCAUCGUGCCGGCCGGCGCUCGAGUGCGGCUGCCGAUCGCCUGGACGUGCUACGACAGGUCCGGCAAGCGCCUCCCGGAAUCCGAAGCCCCCGUCUUCUUCAACCCGCAGGGCGUGUACCGCAUAUCGGACGAGCGCAACCAGCUCGUCGUCGUCGGCUGCGAUGUCACGGCGUACAUCCAAAGCCGGCACGACAGCAGCAGCGACGCCGGGUACCCCUACCAGUACUACACGGACUGCGUGUCGUACUGCAGGAGAGCAGAGGUCGUCAGGGACGGCCGCUGCGCGGGAGUUGGCUGCUGCAGGGUCGACAUCCCGCCGAACCUCACUGACAACUCCGUCGGCGUGGACGACGACGACAUGGAGUCCACGGCCGUCCGCCGGCUCAUCUACGAUUUCAACCCAUGCAGCUACGGCUUCCUGGUGGAGAGGGGCAGCUACAAAUUCCGCGCCGCCGACCUGAAGAUGGACAGGAAACAGACGAUGCCGGUGUGGCUCGACUGGGCGAUCAGUUCAUUGUACGCGUGCAAGAGCCAGCAUAGUAGCUGCGUCGAUGCUGUGAAUGGCCCUGGGUACACCUGCAACUGCUCCCAGGGCUAUGAGGGCCACGCCUACAUCGUCGGUGGAGGCACCGCCUUUAUUCUUAUGUUGAAUGAGAAGAGAAAGGUUCAGGUAUUAUUUGAGAGAAAUGGUGGACCCUUAUUGGCAAGUAUCAAUAAUAUAAAGAUCUACACGAAGCAGGAGUUAACUCACAUCACAAGAAAUUUUAGCACUGUUAUUGGCAAAGGCAGCGUGGGUGAGGUCUACAAGGGAACCACCAAUAACAAUCAGACGGUUGCGGUGAAGGCCAUUUCAGUAGUUAAGGAGAGCAGAAAAAAGAAGUCUGCAAAUGAAGUGAUCAUCCAGUCUCGAAUUAGUCACAGAAAUACCUUUAGGCUCUUAGGAUGUUGCUUAGAGGUGGAUGUUCCAAUGUUGGUGUAUGAUUUUGCCCCAAAAGGAAGCCCGUACUAUGGUCUUCAUGGAACUAAGGACAUUACAAAAACUUCUCUCUCGUUAGCAACACGGCUGGAUAUUGAGGUUGAUUCGACUGAAGCUCUUUCCUACGUGCAUUCAUCUACCAAUCAGAAGAUCCUCCAUGGAGAUGUGAAAUCAGGCAGUAUACUUCUUGAUGAGAACUUCAUGCCAAAGGUAUCUGACUUUGGGACGACCAGGCUACUUUCCAUAGAGAAAAAGCAUACCAUACUUGUGAUCGGAAAUAUUAACUACAUAGACCCUGUGUACAUGAAGACUGGUCGUCUGGACGAGAAGAGUGAUGUCUACAGUUUUGGAGUUGUCCUUCUAGAGCUCAUUACUAGAAAGAAGCCAAGAUAUGAUGGAAAUAAGAGUCUCAUCAUAAACUUCAUCAAGUCAUAUGCCUCAGAGGAUAAAGCACGGGAGAUGUUUGAUGAAGAGAUAGCUUCCCCUGAGAAUAUCGAGUUUCUUCAAAAGGUUGGCAGCAUUGCAGUAAUGUGCCUCAAAGAGGACAUGGAUGACAGGCCCACCAUGAAGCAAGUGGCAGAGCACCUUCAACUGGUAAGAAGGGAGUGGAAGCAAAGGCAGGGUAGGCACGGCGAUCAAAUAGUUGAUGUGAUUUCUAUGGAGAGCCCUCCUGUUAGCUUAACCAUAGAUGCUAGUGGGGCUGAAAGUCCUGGGUACUCUCCUCUGUUGAAGUGA